AUGAUUGUGCACAAUGUGAAGGAAGGCGAAUACAUUGAAGAUCAGGAAUGCACAGAUCAACUGAAAAAGAUACUAAAACAGGAGGACUCUGUUGAAAAGCACAUGGAACUCGUGCAGAUCAGCACUGACGACUACAUGUCGUGGAACAUUCUCAAGCAGCACCUUAUUGCACAUCGCACUCAAUUCAACGCACAACUUUCAGUAUGUGAAAAUGCACUCAGAAGCAAUCCGAAGUCAUAUCAGGCAUGGCAUCACAGGAAGUUCAUGAUGCAGAAAUUUGAUGAAGAGGCGCAGAUGCAUUUAAGGAAAGAAGAUGUACUUACUGCGUAUCUAUUAAGCUUUGAUCCAAGAAACUUCCAUUGCUGGAAUUACAGGAUGCAGGUGAUUGGGAAGAAGGCAGCAAGAGAUUUGUUUAAUUAUUCAUAUCUGCAUCACAAUAUGGAUGAAGAUCCUGUUGCGAUUGUAUAUACGGAUCCAUUGAAUCUUGUAGGAUGGGAAUAUCUUUAUGUGCAUCGUGAAACAAGAAGGAUGAAGAAUGGGAUGUAUAUAAGGAUUGCUGAAGGACAGAUGGAGGUUGUGUUUGAAAAGCCUUUUGCGGGUGAACUCGUGAUUGAAUCAAUGGAUGAGCGUUUUUUGUGUAGAUUAGAUACACCAAGUAUGUGCCUGAAAAGAAAGAUCAACAAUGUACCUAGUACGCUUACUGUAACUAUUAAUGGAGUGAUGAUGAAAUUUGUACAAGAGGAGGAUGAUCUUGAACUUCCAAAGACGAUACUGAGACUUGAAAGUGAGUGUAUUGGCGCAUUACAAUACAUUCUAGAAUGCUCGAAGGAUGUAGAAGAGAGAAAGAAGGCCAUGGAAGAGCUGGUACGUAUUGAUCCGAUCAGAAGGGCAUACUACAACUCAUUGAAUCUGAAGCACUUCAAUGUAUAUGUUGCAGCUCAAUGA